CAACAAUAGUAAUCGGCUUAGCUGGACUGCAGAGAUUUCGGCUGACACACCUUCCAGAAAGAAGCCCGACCUCCCCAAGACCGCGCGGGAGGACGCUGCGCCUGGCUUCCAGGUUGUCCCAAGUGCACCCCCUCCGUUCUCUUGGAGGCGAGGGCAACGCGGAGUCGUGGGAUCCUGGGAAGCCCGAACAGGCGGCUGCCUAGGCUCCCACCCCGCAGACCGCCCGCCCCACCGGGAGAGCGAGCCCUUCCCCACCCGCCGCGCCCCGGGCCCCUCGGCCGGCCGGCCAUGGCCCACAGCGGCGGCACCGGCAGCUCCGGGCCCUGGUGGAAAUCGCUAACCAACAGCAGGAAGAAAAGCAAGGAAGCCGCGGUAGGGGCACAGCCUCCCGCGCAAGCCGCCCCCGGGGAGCCCGCGCCGGCCGCGCCGCCCAGCCCGGACUGGACUAGCAGCUCCCGGGAGAAUCAGCACCCCAAUCUCCUCGGGGGGACCGGCGAGCCCCACAAGCCCGACAAGUUGUGCGGAGAGAAAUCGGGCGGCAACCGCCGCAAUUUGAAGAUCUCGCGCUCCGGCCGCUUUAAAGAGAAGAGGAAAGUUCGCGCCACUCUGCUCCCCGAAGGAGUCAGGUCCCCGGAGGAGGCGGACUUCCCUGGUGACCCGCACGGCGACACGCAAUAGCCAGAGCGCUCCAGGACUGUGUCUUCCCACCACUCCUCUCUACCCCCAGUUCCAAACCCGAGAUUUCUGGCCCGCCCCAAUACCCAGUGUCUCAUCCCACCAACUUCAGAAUAUUCACACAAGGCCUCCACGAUUUUAUUUUCCUGGAAAUCGAAGUGUCCACUGAGUUUUCAAUAUUUCAUGACUCAAGGAGGCAUUGAGUAUUUAUCUGUGGUAAGAGAAUAUACCUGCCACAGAGGAAGUUGGCAUAAUUAUUUUUUCCCCAAAAGUUCUCCCGUGGCCUCCACCCCUUGUUCCACCUGGGGAGUGAGAAGGGUACUUCUCUGAGUUGGUAACCCAGCUGGGACUGCACAGCCCCUCAAAGGAGGAGGCCGUGCCUUGAUUCAGGACUUGCUAUUGGAAAGCAAAUUAACGCCAGAGAAAUGCACUUUAGACGUACUUCGUAGACUCAGACCUUAAGUGAAGGGACAAGAGAGGGCAGGAAACCUUAGGUAGAAGCAUUUUUAAGUAAGGCAAGAUUGCUUUUAAUGUUGAACUACAAAACUGUACUGCCUAUUUUAGUGUGGACUAUUAAAAUUGUUGCA